CGGGACUCGUGUGUAACGGUGGAGUAUAGGACGAGAUGGAAAGUGCAUACCGGGGUCAAAAGGGUUCCUGCAACGAGGUCGAUGUCGGUUUCUUCGUACGCUUUUGCAUUGCUACACAUGUCCCGACGGGCUCGAGUGUUGGUAUUCUAUUCAAAAAAAACCCUUGAGGAUUUAGUAGUCAUUCGUUCUGAGAUUGGGAGCUGGCUUUCCUUAUUGCGCAUGUCUCUGUCUUUCUCUCUUGGUCGCCCAAAAAGUGAUAGAAUUUUCUUUUCAGCAAAGGAACCGUAUAUACAAAGCUCGCUGUGGUGAAUAAAUUAUUAAUUUGGCAGUACGUCCUGGAUCUGGCAGUGUGCUGUGCUAAGAAAGUUUCUGGUGUUAAUCUUCCAGCUGGUCGUGGCG